AUGCCAAACAAGCGGUCGCUCGACGCCGCCGUGCCGGAGCAGGAGGCGGCGCAGUCCCCGAGGAAGCGGCUGCGGCAGGCGGUGUUCCUCGUGAUGCGGAUGGAGAGGAGGGCGAGGGCGGUCACGGUCGAGCAGACCGUUCGCCAGGUGCAGCUCGAUAUGGCCAAACUGUUUGUACUUGUGAUGAUGCUCGUCGCGCGGCUUGGCUCGAUGGAGAGCCUGCUCCUCCAGCUCCCCAACAUGGUACAGGGAUUAUUGGCGGAGCAGCUUGGUUCUUUUCACAGAUCUGUUAUGGUAUCCAUGGAAGAAAUGAUCCUGUCAGUUCGCCGGACAGAGCAACCUCAAGCAGCUGCGCUUCCCAAUGGUGUUUCUGAGCCUUCAAGUUCAAGGGCGAUAUCGGAAUGUCUUCCUGAAACUGGAGGCAGCUCUGGUGUAGUCAGGCUACGGUUUGUUGAUGCUGACAGACCAAAAUAUUCAGUUUUCACUCGUUGUCCAGUAAAAUGGCAGAAUGGAGAAAACCCUAAGGUAGCAAUAUUUCGAAAUGAGAAGAAAAUCACGGGUGGUGAUCUUUCUAAAUUGCAAAUUGAGAUUUUACCAGUCUAUGCUGAUUUUUUUACUGAGCGAGGACACGACGAUUUUACUGAAGAGGAAUUCAACAAGCAGAUACAUAGGUAUAAUGGGAAUGAGUCUGUCUUGAAAACUGUUAAUCUCAGAAAUGGUGAGGCCGAUCUUGGUUCCAUCAUCUUUAAAGAGAGCUCCUACAGGCAAAAUGUAAGAUUGGCAGCAAGAGUGAAAAGAAAGGAUCCUGCCCACAGAAUUCAAGAAGCAAUCACUGAUCCUUUUGUCGUCAAAGACCGUCGAAGUGAAUCAAAUGAAAAGAGUUAUCUUCCAUCUAAGGAAGAUGCGAUACAUCGACUGAAGAAAAUUUCCCAAAAGGGACCACGUUGUGUUGCCCUUGCGAAAAAAAAGGUCACUAAGGUGAAGCACUUGCUGCGUGAGUAUUUCAAAGACAAAUCUGGUCUCCAAGAGCUUACUGGCAUGAAGAGGGAGGAUUGGCAUUCCAUGAUUAAACAUGCCACCAUGUGUAAACCUGGGGAUGAGAUCUAUUCUUAUAGGGUUGCACCGGAAAAUUGUGAACUCUUAUUCAAUGACUUCUAUGAUCUUGUUGGUAUGAUGAGAAAUGGAUCAUAUGUUCCUGCCAGUGACCUUCAGUUUCAGCAGCUGAACAACUGGAAAAUGUCUGCGUACAAAAGACUUGAGGAGAGAGAGAACUCAGGGAAUCUUAUCCCUGAUUACUUGAUGGCGAAUGGCCGCCCUGUCCGUGCAAUGCCUCUGAAUAAUGAAGAAGGUCCUUCUGUACAAGCUAGAAUGACUGGGCAAUAUCCUAAUUACAUAGGUGCACAACAAGAAUUUGGUGUUCAACAGCAGAAUGGGUUCUCACCGGCCGAACUCCUGUCAAACAAUGAUGCUGGUCCUUCAAAGCAAAACGCACCACUCUUUUCACAUCACACUGCGCAUCAAGACCUUGGCCAGCAUGGUCCUUCUAUGCCACACUGUCAUUUGCCCCAGGGAAAUAAUUUGAAUGGUCUCUCAGGACAGCCAACUAUUCCUUCCUACAAUGUUCUGCCGGUUCCAGAGGAGUUGAUCACAGGUACAAAUCUAAUUGGCCAACAGAAUGGACACUUAAACUCUUUGACGACUGUUGCUUCCGAACUUGGUAAGCACCAUCCUUCUAUGCCACAGAAUGAAACUCCUUACUACCCACCCCAGGAAAAUAACUUAAAUGGUCAAGGAUCAUUCUCAGGAGAGCCAACUAUUCCGUCCCACAUUUUUCCACCAGUUCCAAAGGAUUACUUGAUCACAGCUUCAGGUCUAAUUGAGCAACAUAAUGGACACUUAAGCUCCUCAAUGACUGAUGCUCCUGAUGGACUUAGUCAGGCAACCUCUUCAUUUAACCAUGCGGACGAUGACAUCUCGAUGGAGUUAUCUACACCUGAAUUGCAGGCAAUUCUACAACAAGUGAAUCUGCCAGACCAGGGCUUUCUACAAGAUGACGACGGUGAACUGCCGAAUUUCAGCACCCAGCUUGAUGGUUAUGAAUGA